CUUUUUCUUAAGAAUUGUUUACAUAUUUUUCUUACAUCAAAAACAUCGCCUACCAUUAAUGAGUCUUAUCACUCUCAAGUGUUAACUGGUUAUAUAUACCUGUGGCUAUAGUGACUUAGUGUCACACACAACAAUGGAUAUGAAGAGGUGGAGUCUUCAAGGUAUGACUGCUCUUGUGACCGGUGGAGCCAAGGGAAUUGGAAAGUCUGGAACAAGAAUCUUGAGCUUGAGACUUAGUUUCAGGUAUGCAAUAGUGGAGGAACUUGCAGGUUUUGGUGCAAGAGUGCAUACUUGUGAUAUAGACAAAACUUCGCUUGACGAAUGCCUGAGUGAAUGGCAAACAAAAGGUUUUCAAGUCAGUGGUUCAGUUUGUGAUGUUUCCUCUCGACCUCAGAGAGAGCAAUUGAUGCAGACUGUUUCUUCUCUGUUUGAUUCCAAACUCAACAUCCUUAUAAACAAUGUCGGCAAGUUCAUAUUAAAGUCAGCUUUAGAAAGUACAGCUGAAGAUUUCUCAAGUUUGAUGGCUAUCAAUUUGGAAUCUGCUUAUCAUAUCUCACAAUUGGCACAUCCUUUACUCAAAGCCUCGGGAUAUGGGAAUAUAGUAUUCAUUUCCUCGGUAUCAGGGAUUGUCUCUGGUACCGCCUCUAUAUAUGGUGUAACAAAAGGAGCCAUGAAUCAACUGGCAAGAAACUUGGCAUGUGAAUGGGCAAGUGAUGGUAUAAGGGCUAACUCUGUAGCUCCUUAUGUCACUGUGACUUCUCUUGUCAAAAAAUAUCUUGAUGACAAGAAGUUUUCGGAGGCUAUGUUCUCAAGAACCCCAUUAGGCCGUGCGUGUGAGCCGCGUGAGGUUGCGUCGUUGGUUACAUUUCUUUGUCUCCCUGCAGCUUCUUAUAUAACCGGACAAACCAUCUGUAUUGAUGGAGGUUUUACUGUUAAUGGCUUCUCCUACAAGCCAGAGGUUUAAACCUAUAAACACUUGCAGAACAACAGUUAUCUGAUGUAUGAACAAUAAGUUAUCUUUUGUUUUCCUCGUUGAAACUCAUUUACUACAUUAUGUCCAAGUUACAGUGUUUGUGUGAGUAAAAAUUGAGUUCCAUGAUUACUUCUAGGCAUGUAUCAAUGUGAACCUAUGAGCUUACUCUGUAUCUGUGCAUCUCUCUCUACAUGAUUUUGCUAUCAGAUAUUCUUUUCCAAAUGUACACUCAACCACAAGUAUGAUGUUUG